ACCUCGGACGCGUCGCCGCCGCCUCCGCCCUCCGCCAAAAUCCGUCGCCGCUCCACGCCUCGCACCGCUCCCCGUCGCCUCGCCGGAUCCGGCGGGCCGCACCGGCGGAGAUCCAGGGCCGCCGCUGCCGGCGCAACGCCGCGUCGACGACACGGUCCCCCGGUUCCUCAAUUCGGCCUAGGGUUUCUCUCGGGAGGAGGCGCGCCACCCGCUCACAUGGCGAACGAGGUGUGCAUGCGUUCACCUUUUGAUCUCAUCCAGAGUUGUGAGCGGUUUCAGAAACGUGGCCAUGGGUUUGCUGAGGAGGGCACAAGCAAGAAAAAGUUAGCUACUUCACCAUCUCCAUCUUCUAUGGCAGGCGGACAGGCUUCAUUGUCGAGUUCUGAUCUCAUGCUGAGUUGCGAAGGAUUUCAAAAGCAUGGCUAUGAGUUCCCAACGACACAUGUCAGCCAUCGGUUGCUUUACACCACUGGUGCUGAAAGUUGCCUCAGUGAUAAUGGCAACGCCACUGCUGCUAAGGACAGCCUUAGCAACAAUCUCGACCUAAAAAAUGAUGACAGUCUUGGAAACAUCCCUUGUUACGAUGAUUUUCUCCCUCUUGAGGAUGAUUCCGGUGAUACGCUUACACAUGAUGAUGGGAUAGGAAUUAUCCAAAGGGUUAGUCCUAUGGAAUAUAUCAAAAGGCUACUAUUGAAGAGAUCUGCGUUGAGUAUCUCUUCUGCUGAGUUAGGUGUCAAUACGAAGUUAAGUAUGAUUCCAGAAUCUUCAAGAGAUUUUAGGCAUAGUGGUGAUCUUUGUUGGCACGAGUAUUAUCACAUGAGUGAAGUAUCUCAGACUGUUUUGCCACCAAAGCGAUAUACUCGGUGCGAACCAUUGACUGCGGUGCGGUGCUUUCACGAGCCACAGGCUAUGCUCCAGGUUUUUUCUAUCAAGCUGAAGGCAUAUCUCCAAGCUAUAGGCAGUUCAGUCGAUGUAUAUGGUUUUGUUGCAGUCCGGGAUGGUGAGGAUUAUCACCGAAAUUAUCUUUUCAAUCGACCCCGAACUGACCCAGUGACCAUCAACACGACCAGCGACUACCUGCCUUUGAUGAGUCCGAUAAGAGGCAUGUCCAUGACAUUUGAAUGCUUGAUCGAAGUUGAUAUCAGAAUAAAGGGAGAUAUAGAAGAUGUCACUCUAGUCGAUGGGUGUUCCGAUCUUAUUGAGAGUCAUUGUCUAUAUGACACAGAAAUUGAGUGCACAAUGGAUGAUACAAAUGGUGCGGCCAUGUUUGAUUUUAUCAUCUUUCGUAGAGCGCUCGAGGCGACGAUAGAGUUGAAUUUCACGAAGGUGCCUACAGGAGGCAUGGAGGUGAAGAUGUGUGGGUACACGGCGAUCUCGAAGAGCCUUUAUGACUUCAUGGGCGAGCAGCGUGAGUGUGAUCGGUUCGUUACCUCUGCUGGGAAACAUCCACAGUACUUCAUAGCAGCUGUGCCGUUUGAAGAUACACUGUUUGUUGACUUCAUGGAGGGAAAGCUGUCGAUUCCUUUCAAGGCAGCAGUUCAUGGCAGCCAAGAGAGAGAAUACCAUUUCAGCAACGGUGCCGUGGUGUCGGUGACGGUUUCUUGGUCGUCGACCUAUUACUGAACCUAGCAAGAUAUAUAAGUAUGCAGAGUGUCAACUAACUGCCACGUGUUAGAUCUUUUAUGUAACUUGAUGGAUUGUAAACUAUGUUUAUGUCGCUUUGUGCGACACACAUCGACUUGUAUGCAGUAUUCUUAUUGAGUAAAACUCGGCCUUUGCGCAGUGAGAGUAA